AUGAAGGAUGAAACGUACAUGGACGCUAUCAAGUUGUUACAAGAUGCAUCAGCGACCCCGGAAAAUUCUGUCGAAUUUCUAGAACUGUACAGAGCUGCAAAUAUUAAAAUGUUUAAGGACAAUCUAAAAACAGUUGAUAUCUCUAUAGACGAAAUAGAUGCCUUGAAUAUUAUUUAUAUAAGUGGUACAAAGGGAAAAGGAUCUGUGUCUGCUUUCUGUGAGAGAAUAUUGCGAGCAAAUGGAUUAAAAACUGGAAUGUUCAGCUCACCGCAUUUGAUGGAAAUUUGUGAGCGAAUCCGCAUUAAUGGAUUGCCACUGUCAUGUGAAGACUUCAGUAAAUACUUUUUUGAUGUCUACAAUAAAUUAAACGACAUACAGAAUCGUUUUAGUUUUCUAACAGUAAUGGCAUGUCACGUGUUUAUGCAAGAAAAGGUUGACGCUGUCAUUAUGGAAGAGGGCGCGGGAGGGACCUACGACUGCACUAACGUUAUUCGAUUCCCUACAGUCACUGGAAUAAACCUCAUUGACUUCGAUCAUAUGGAAAUGUUUGGAGACACUCUAGGUAAAAUAGCUUGGCAUAAAGCUGGCAUUUGCAAGCCUGGUCGACCUGCAUUCACAGUUACACAGUCUAAGGAGGCCGUUGAUGUCAUACUAGCUAGACCUAAAGAACUACACGUAAUUAUACAAUUACCAAUUACAUUCCCCACGAUAGACAAUUGA